UAAAAAAAUUCAGCGUCAUUUUUUAAAGUGUGGAUUUUUUAAAAAUGAAACAAAACAUCCCUUUAAAUACGAGAAGCUGUCACCUCAUUAUUUAAUAGAUUACUCAAAGACGUCAAAUGAAGCUUAUGACUGUAAGCAAGUGACGAGAUCCCAAUUUAGACUACAAGCUGGUUUGGACAAAAUUGCUGCAUUGUGUUACUGAAGGGAGUUUUUUUUGUUGCUUCUUUUUUGUUUCAUUCUGUCAGACCAAAUUGUGCUUAGCAUCAAUCAAUUUCUUAAACGCAUUCUUAAAAUCAGACCCCGUCUAUUGGCUUUAAUAAGAUUUAGAGUAAUGCGAUUGGAGGUUUUACAUCACCAGACAGUCGAUUAUAUAGCUUUUAGACUGAAAUUAAAUACCAACAUACUCAGGUAUUAAUCGUAUCUCUCUAAAUAAAAACCAACAAACAAACCUCCCAUGAGCAGAUGAACUUGCAAGCAAAAGAUUGUGGUCCCGUUUCAUGUGUAUCCUCGAAAAGAAAGUAUAAUAAUUGUUCCUUUUGUCUUUUCCACAGUGUCUAAAGCCCACUGGGGAAUCUUUGUCGACUCCAGCGUUGAUCUGAAGUGAGUGGAUAACCUGGAAGAGAGAGACCGUGUCGUGUCUGAGUAAACGAAACAUUUAAUGGCGAAUACAACGAAGGAUUGGGGUCAUGCCCUCGCCUUUGGAGAGUUGGGUUUGGCGUUCACUCUUGGGGGUUGCCGCCAACCGAUUUUCCAUGUGAUUCUCAGAAUACAGAAGAAACGAUGAUUCUUACAGAUCCGUGAGCGGUUGGUAAACUUCCAUAAUGUUGUACCACUGAUGAAACAAUUUGUCACGCGUAAAACCUUUAAAUCCUGAUUAAUGGGCCACUAACUAAUAAUCGGGCAUACCCUAGAUACUUGUGGGCAGCAGGCUUGCUAGACGACAACAAUGGCCUUUGACCUUAACAAUAUCACGUCCAUGCUGGAGAUGCUGGACGUUCCUGUUUCGUAUCAAAAUUUUUCUCUGGAAGAGCUCCUCUCAGUCUCCAAGGAAUACGAAGCUGACAACCGCUGGUUCUCCCGCGAUGAAGAGCUCGUUAUCAUUGUUCUUUUCUCCUUCCUGAGUGUUCUAGGUCUCCUCGGCAACGGUCUUGUCUUCUACAUCAUCGCACGGAAGGGCUGGAAGCAGUCAUCACGGAACUGGUAUAUCCUUAACUUGGCGUGUUCUGACAUCCUCACAUGCGUCAUGUGCAAGCCGCUAACAGUUGUGAGGCUUAUCUUAAAGAACUGGGUUCUGGGCGGGGCUUUGUGUAAAGUCGUUCCUUCUCUCCAGACCAUGUAUGUGUUCGUGUCUACUUUCACAAUUGUAGCCCUCGCUGUCGAUCGAUACAGCUCGAUUAUAUAUAACAACCACCAAACGCGGUUCAAACGUUGGGUAUUUGUGUGUCUGUGUUUUAUCUGGCUUGUGUCGCUAGGAGUGUCCGUUCCCAUGAUGGUCGUGCACGAUAUCGAACACGUGAAAGGAUUCAAUGGGAAUGUGCUUUAUUCUUUAUGUUUAGAAAAAUGGCAGUCAGAGACAGCUAUCACGUCAUACACAGUUCUGAUGUUACUACUUCAGUAUCUCUCGCCACUCAUAGCUAUUGUUGUGUUACAUUUUCUUAUCGGUAGAUUCCUUCGCUCAAGAUUUCAAACAACGUCGCCAGAAAACAUCAGUGUUCGUCGAAAGAGACGACGACAUCGAAAAAACAUUCUUCUACUUUCCAGCAUGGCCAUUUCCUUUGGCGUCUCGUGGUUUCCGUUACAUUUUAUCAACGCGCUGGCCACGAUUGACUACUCUUUCUUCCAAGGCCUGGACUUCCCGCUCAUCCAUGCCGUGUGCAUGAUGCUCGCCUUCAGUUCCGUGUGCCUGAACCCGGUUAUCUACGGACUGCUCAACACAAACUUUCGGAGAGAUUUGAUCAAAAUGUGCGGAGGUGGGCAUGAGCAGAGAUUUUCCGUCUACACGGAUUUCACCAGACGAUCAAGCCCUAACCCGGAACAGUUGGGCCUCAUUUCUUCCACCCCUAUAGAGAUGGGGAUUAGUAACACCAACUUGUGCAGGAUACGAAACGGUCACUCGAUCAGUGCUUUGUGAUAGGGCGCACUUGGGGUGGGGGGGGGGGAUUGUAUGUAUGUGUCUGAGUGUUUUUGAGAUUGUGUGGGGAGGAGGGGGAGGGAGAUGUGAAUGUAUGUGCAUUCUUGUAUAAGAUUAUAAUAUGUGUAUUUUUUAGUGUAUGUAUGUGUUUGUGUUUAUGUGCAUGCCUGCCUGUUUGUUUGUGUGUGUGUAUGAGUGUGUGUUUUUGAGAGUAUGUGGGUGUGUA